AGAGUUGAAGGAGCGCACGUCUCUCCUCAAUACAUCAGCUCAAGCUAUAGCGAACUGUCGCAUAGGAAAUGAGAAAUCAGGCAGUUCAAUGCAGCACGACCCAUAAAGAGGGAUUAUAGCAGCUCGUCAUCGCUCAAUCAACAGCAAAUCUGAGGAGUUUGGAAAACAUUAGGUGACGAUGAGGAUUUCCGCCGCUGUGCUGAUUUUGAUCUUUAUUGCAGAUUUAGUAUCGCAAGCAGCAGGUGUCAGUCCUCCAGGUAAACCCAGACUGACUAGCUGUCGCUCCCCAGAGAAGGAGACCUUCACCUGCUGGUGGGAGCCUGGAGAUGAUGGAGGUCUGCCCACAACACAUGCCCUCUACUACCGCCUGGAAAACACCGAGAUGGUUAAAGAGUGUCCCGAUUACAAAACCGCAGGCGAGAACUCCUGUUUCUUCGACAAAAACGCCACAUCGCUGUGGGUGAACUACAACAUCACAGUCGUAGCCACCAACGCUUUGGGCAGGAACAUUUCAGACCCCGUGGAGGUGGACGUCGUCUAUAUUGUUCAACCAAACACCCCAGAGAACGUCAAAGCGGUCGUGAUUCACGAGGACCGGGAUCCAUUCGUCAAAGUGUCCUGGGACAAACCACGGACUGCAGACACGCGAUCUGGAUGGAUCACACUCCAUUACCAGCUACGAGUUAAACAAGAAGAGGAUAAAGAAUGGGUGGAAUAUGAUGCUGAGCGGCAGAAGAACUAUAAUGUGUUCAGCCUUCACUCUGAUAGAGAAUACAUGGUGCAGGUGCGAUGUAAACCAGAUCAUGGCUUCUGGAGUGAAUGGACACAAACCACCUACGUCAAAAUGCCCAACUAUAUUCCCAGAGAGCGUUCGCUGUGGAUCAUGAUCACGAUUUUCUCUGUCUUCAUCGUCUUCAUCCUCACCUGGACGCUCAAAGUGAAACACAACAGUGUGAAGCUUUGUUUGCUCCCUCCUGUUCCUGGGCCGAAAAUCAAAGGAUUUGACAAACAGCUUCUCAAGAGCGGGAAAUCAGAGGAAGUUUUUAAUUCUCUGGUGAUCCCAGGUUUCCCUCCAACCACUGAUUACGACGACCUACUAGUGGAGUACCUCGAGGUGUAUGACAACGAGGAGCAAGAGCUGGUUCUGGAUGGCAAAGAUAUAUCAGAGGACAGCAUGAAAUCCAAAAGCUCGUCUGACAGCGACUCGGGCAGGGGCAGCUGCGACAGUCGCACCCUGCUUUUAGACAAGUGCAUGGAAGGAAGCGGAAAUGACCAACAUAAUUACAGCCAGCACGGAGAAACAAGCUGGGCUUCUUCCAGCGAAUGCAGCGAAAGCCAAGGUUCUCCCGGUUCUCCGGAGUCCACCGAUGGACGCAUCAAAAUCUGGCCCGUUGUGUUUUCCUCGCCCCAACCGCAUCACCACUACCAAGUUGGAGCGACAAAACCGGCCUACCACAGCGUCCCGGAGAUCCUAAAACAUUCACCAGCACAUGCAAUCCCAAGCAACUACCACCAGCUUUACCUUCAGGACAUCCCGCCGCAGGAAGGGCGCUUCACUAAACCUCCCUGCCGGCAUUCCCAAAGCUACAACCAGUUCAACAUGGACAACGUUGACAUUUCCGCACCUGGCGUACCUCCAUCUCGCUCCUUGGAGUAUGUUGAGGUGCAGAGGGUCAACCCGGAAAACAUACUACUGCUUAGGCCGCUUUCGGACCCAAACCGUGAACCUGAAGGGUCGGAUCGCAUCGAUGAGGACUACAGCAAGGUCAAAGAAGUGACAUCAAACAACACUCUCCUUCUCCAAAGGGAAACGUCCCAUCAGGGUGUCAAUGAUUACAGCCAGGACUUUGAAAGCCAUGCUGAUCAAUGCACAGCCCAGCAAACUCCUCACCCAUGCAAACCUGCCUACCCUCAGUUGCACAGUCAAGACAUGAGGGUGAUGGGAAACGGCUACGUAGACACAACAGUCCUGAUGCCGUUGUACAAGCAAUUCUAACGCAGGAAGGCUGACAGACAGUCAAAACAAACAAAAAAGCAGACAAAACAUAUUAAAAACAACUGUUGACAGCUCAUGUCAAGCGCUUUAUCCCUCUCAGAUCUUGCUUUGUUUGAUAAUAAGCAGGAUUUGUAUUUAUACAAGUGAUAUUUACUUUGAAGUAGAUUGUAUCGGACACAAGCCGGAGGGUCGCUGUGAACUUUUACACAAAGAAGUCGCGGAUUAUGUACUUUUAUGAGGUGAUGCUUGUAAACGCACCAAAGGGGUUCUCUUUACAAUCAAAAUAAUUGAAGUCUUUAGAGUUAACAUGAAAUUGAAAUGGAUCUUAUUUACUUAAAUGCUCAGAUCACCCCAAACAAUUUACUUUUGUUAUUAAUUGCCCACCCUUCGUGACACAAAUUAAGAUAUUUUAGGUGAAACCUGAGAGCUCCUUUAUCCUCUAUAUGCAACAAGGUUCCAGACUCGUUCAAAUUACUGAAACAUACUGUUGGAAUAUUUAGUCAAUUCCAUGCAUGUUCAAUAAAAAGGUCAGGAAAGGUUUUUCAAUGUUUAAGAUAUUAGCAAUUAAUAAUUCGAUUCACAAAAAUUCUGUUGUCCUCAAUGCAAUGCAAGGGUUACAUUCAGGGGUGCGCAACAAAUUUUAUUUCUUGAUUCCCGAUUUUAUUCAUGGCUGAUAUUAACAGGUGAAGUUUAGAGGAAUUCAACACUUGUUAAUCAUUCUCCAGUCCUCCAUUGGCCGCACCCAUACAUACAUCCUCUUUUUCUACUAAUUCUCUGCACAAAAAGUCAAAA